AUUCACAAAUAUAUCACAACUUUCUACAAAACAUUCCAAAUUUUGAAGCUUCAAAUCAAAAUCAAACCAUUAUUUUUUGAAAAAUAUCUCUAGUCAAUCUUUUACACAAGUAAAAAAGAUUUCAAAGACGUGUUAUUUUAAUAUUUUCCACAAAGUUUUUUGUAUAAAUAGGCAAAGCUGAGAUUUGUCAUCAUCAUCAUUAUUUGUUCUACAAACCAUUAUUUUUUGAAAAAAAAAAAUCAGAAAUUUUUUUAGUGUUAUGGGUUUAUCCUUGUCACUAUUAUCAUCAGCCUGGGAACUAAUCUUGAAACAUCUACCUUAUGAUCUCGAAAACCUCGAAAACCGAUUACCAUCCGAAAGCUUCAACAAAUCCGAAUCCGAAUACGAGAUUACCUCACAAGUUUCUAGUCCUACGAGUAGUAAAAGAAGGAAUACCAUUAGUUUAAGCAGCAGCAGUGAACCAUUAAAAGUAAUGCUUCAAACCACCCUUUCGUUCAAGAACUUAGUCCAGGAGAUUAAAAACCUCACACCCGACAACCCGAAUCUUGAAACGGGCCAUUUGGGUCCCGCAAAUCCUCUUCCUGAACCUGUGGUGUUUGUUUCGCCUCGGCCCGUUAGUGAACUCAAUGCUGCAGCUACUACGGUUCAGAAAAUAUACAAGAGUUAUCGAACACGAAGAAAUUUAGCCGAUUGCGCGGUUGUUGUUGAAGAACUAUGGUGGAAGGCUUUGGAUUUUGCAGCUUUGGAUCGAAGCUCGGUCUCGUUUUUCAACGUUGAGAAGCACGAAACCGCGGUUUCAAGGUGGGCCCGGGCUAGAACCCGGGCUGCUAAAGUGGGAAAGGGCUUGUCAAAGAAUGAAAAGGCUCAGAAACUGGCCUUGCAACAUUGGCUAGAAGCUAUUGACCCGCGCCAUCGGUAUGGUCACAACCUGCAUAUGUAUUAUGACAUCUGGUUUUUAAGCGAAAGCUGCCAACCGUUUUUCUACUGGUUGGAUGUCGGGGAUGGCAAAGAAGUUAACGUCGAAAAGUGUCCGAGACCAACUCUACAACGUCAAUGCAUCAAAUAUUUAGGACCCAACGAAAGGGAAUCAUACGAAGUGAUUGUCGAAAAUGGGAAGUUGGUGUUCCGCCAAAGCGGUUUGCUUUUGGAGACCACGGAAGGUUCAAAAUGGAUCUUUGUGUUGAGCACCACAAGUAACUUGUACGUUGGACAAAAAAAGAAAGGCCUUUUUCAACAUUCGAGUUUUCUAGCGGGCGCCGCCACCACUGCCGCAGGACGAUUAGUCGCCCAUGGUGGAGUGCUCGAGGCUAUAUGGCCGUAUAGCGGUCACUACCUCCCGACCGAAGAGAACUUUAGAGAGUUCAUUUGUUUCUUGGAAGAGAACCAUGUUGAUCUCACAAAUGUAAAGAGAUGUUCGGUUGAUGACGAUGAUGUAACCAUCGGCUUUUCGUUUAAGCCGCCUCAGAGUGAACUCAAGCCAAAACCGCUUGUUAUCCCGCGGCCUAGAGCGGUUGACAUUCUUCGUACGCCUACACGUGGUGACCGUGCAAGCCUAAACCAUUUGGCAAAUCGUUUGUCGUGCAAGUGGACAUCGGGAACUGGGCCUCGUAUCGGGUGUGUUCGUGAUUAUCCAGCCGAGCUACAAUCCCGAGCACUUGAACAGGUCAACUUAUCUCCUCGUGUCGGUCCUACAAACUUUGCGAAUUACGGUCCAGUCCCGUCACCAAGACCGAGCCCGAAGGUUCGGCUCUCACCGAGGCUUUCGUACAUGGGACUCCCGAGCCCUAGGACACCUGUGGCUACCGCAAGCUAAGCUAAUCAAGUUUUGAACGUACAUUCUAUGCUUAGAAGCCAAAAAAUGUGACUAGCUUUUAUUUAUGUUAAUAAAGAUAUGACAUAUUGGUUCAUUUUUUGUAUUUCCUUGUUGUACCCAAUUUUGAUGGAUGUUUGUUUUUGGCAGUUGGGUUUUUUUGUAAGUCGAUGAUUAAUUGAUUUGUUUGUAAACAAAGUUGAUAAAUUAUUAUCAAUAAAUAAUCUAUUUGUUGGUUAA